AAUCGAGGUAUAUAGCCCCAAGGCAUCCAAAAACACCUGCCAAAAAAUCACGUUAGCAGAGCUUUCCGUUAGCUUUCCAUGCUUUUUGCAGACAAAGCGGAUCUAGUCGAUACUGGAAGAGCCCCAUCCAGCGCCAGAGGAGGUGUUGGUGUGACUCAUGCGUGCGUAGUAACGGAUAAAUAGGCGAUUCACGCUUUAAAAACAGCAAAUCAAACGUACUUCAAAAAAAAAAAAAAAAAAAAAAAAAAGAUCGUGGAGGAUGGAAUUUUUGCAGUCUAUUGAUAUUCAAACGUCGUUUUCCUUGGACUGUUAUAAACGCCCUUAACUGUGUGUCUCUAUAAGGUAGUAAUUUGGUUGUUUUUGAGGUAGUUUCUUGGACUCCGCUAUCUGUGUACCUACACGUCUAAACGUAAACCGUUACUUUCCAAGGAUUUUCAGAGAAGGUGACAGCGAUAGGAGAGAGGACAUUUGUAUCUCAGAAGUGAUGGCAGCGUCUGAUCCUUCCUCCUCUGGCGGCGGUCCGGAUCCCAACUCGACUAAUUUACGACCCCCAUCCACAACAUAUGACGCAUGGUGUGGAGUUGCUCAUGGAUGCACAAGAAAACUUGGGAUGAAGAUCUGUGGGUUCCUGCAAAAGAACAACAAUCUCGAGGACAAGAGCCGCAUCGUCAGCAUCCUGAAAGAACAGUCUUCUAACCUGCUGGGUUGUGAAAACAGCGAGAGGGAACGCAGGUUCAAGCGCACCGAGACCGACUUCUCCAAUUUAUUUGCAAGAGAUUUAUUACCCGCCAAAAAUGGAGAGGAGCAGACUAUGCAGUUCCUGCUGGAGGUGGUUGACAUUCUCCUGAAUUAUGUCAAGAAAACCUUCGACAGGUCCACCAAAGUGCUGGAUUUCCAUCACCCCCAUCAGCUCUUGGAAGGAAUGGAAGGCUUUAACCUGGAACUCUCAGACCAGCCCGAGUCUCUGGAACAGAUCCUGGUAGACUGCAGAGACAGUCUGAAAUAUGGAGUGAGAACAGGUCAUCCUAGGUUUUUCAACCAGCUUUCCUGUGGAUUGGACAUUAUUGGUUUGGCUGGAGAAUGGCUCACCUCAACAGCCAACACUAAUAUGUUUACAUAUGAGAUUGCUCCAGUGUUUGUCCUUAUGGAGCAGCUCACCCUGAAGAAAAUGAGGGAGAUGAUUGGUUGGCCAGGUAGAGAUGGGGAUGGUAUAUUUUCACCUGGCGGAGCCAUAUCCAACAUGUACAGUGUCAUGGCUGCUCGGUACAAAUAUUUCCCUGAAGUCAAAACCAAAGGCAUGGCUGCUGCCCCCAAACUGGUCCUCUUUACAUCAGAACAUAGCCACUAUUCUAUAAAGAAAGCUGGUGCUGCCCUUGGGUUUGGAACAGAAAACGUUAUUUUACUGAAAAGCGAUGAAAGGGGAAGAGUUAUACCAGCUGAUUUGGAAGCCAAGAUUCUUGACGCAAAGCAAAAGGGACAUGUUCCAAUGUUUGUGAAUGCCACAGCUGGCACAACAGUAUACGGUGCUUUCGACCCCAUCCAGGAGAUUGCAGAUAUCUGUGAAAAGUACAACCUGUGGCUGCACGUGGAUGCUGCAUGGGGAGGUGGAUUGCUAAUGUCCAGAAAGCAUCGUCAUAAGCUGAAUGGCAUUGAAAGGGCCAACUCUGUGACCUGGAAUCCACACAAAAUGAUGGGAGUUUUGUUACAGUGUUCGGCCAUUCUUGUCAGAGAAAAGGGAAUUCUCCAAGGCUGCAAUCAGAUGUGUGCCGGAUACCUCUUCCAGCAGGACAAGCAGUAUGACAUAGCCUAUGACACCGGAGAUAAGGCAAUACAGUGCGGCCGUCAUGUGGACAUCUUUAAAUUCUGGCUCAUGUGGAAAGCAAAGGGCACAAUAGGAUUUGAGCAGCAGAUUAACAAGUGCUUGGAGCUCUCUGAGUACCUCUACACUAAAAUAAAGAACAGAGAUGGGUACCAAAUGGUCUUCGAUGGAGAGCCUCAGCACACAAACGUUUGUUUCUGGUACAUUCCACUAAGCCUCAGGAAUAUGCCUGAUUGUGAAGAGAGAAGGCAAAGGUUGCAUAAGGUUGCUCCAAAAAUCAAGGCACGUAUGAUGGAGACAGGCACAACUAUGGUAGGAUACCAGCCUCAAGGAAAUAAAGUCAACUUCUUCAGAAUGAUCGUCUCUAAUCCAGCCGCCACAAAGUCAGACAUCGACUUCCUCAUUGAUGAAAUCGAGAGACUGGGGCACGAUUUGUAAACAAAGACAGAGCCCUCACUCGCGAGCAAUCAGUGUCUUGGUCAAAGGCACAUUUUUAACCAGUUUUGACAUGACCAGUUCUAACUAGACCUACAGUGAGGUUUCAGGUUCCCCUUGCAUCUGGAGCUGUUAAAGUCUGUCUGUAGGUCUUUUGAGGGAAAAAGCAAGCUGCUGUAACUGUAAUAUCCAGGUGUGUUAUGUCAAUAUGUAUUCAAGUUUGUUCUGUCUUUUAGCAGUGACUAUACCGUAUUAGAAUUAAUGAAUGUAUUUAAGAAUUCUUUUAAGGUUUAAAAGUAUCCAUCCUGUACUUGACUAUUUGAAUAAUCCUCAGCAUGCGUGCCACAUUGAGAGAGAGCUAGGGUCCCUGAACUGUUGAGUGCUGUGGACAGUGCCGUGAAUCAUCCCUAGAGGCGAGGUAUAGCGAAAACAUUAGAUCUAUUUCAAUCAACAUCAUUUCUCUUUCACUGUAUUAUACUUAAUAUUGGCGCUCUUGCUAUAAAUGUAAUUACAGAGCCUGGAGCACUACCUUAUAGCUUCGCUGUACUGCCCCUUUGGUGUGAGUAAAGGGGAUCACUGUAACACAGUCAUUGUCAGAGAUAUAAUAUUGCUGUGUUUCUAGAGAUAAUGAUUUUGUGUAGAUUGUGUAUAUUAUUGGUAAUUGCCUUUGUGACACAAUAAUAUAUGUAAUAGUUUUACAGUAAGAGAUGUUUAAGAAAAAAAAUAUAUAGGUAUAUAACAAAAUAUUUCCUUAUUUAUAUUCAGAAAUGACUAGUGUUAAAGAGUUGUCUAGUAUUUUCUUCCAUUUGUAAUUUAUCUUUAUUUAUAUAACACUGUAUGGUCAAAGUGAGUUUUAAAUGAUGUUUUUAGCCAAAGAAACAGUGGCAUUUGCUAAUAUAUUUAUUCCGUUGCCCUUAAAAUGUCACAUCUGUGGAUAUUACAGCUUAUAUUCUAUUAAAUUAUCACAAUGUCUGUAAAAAUCGAAUAUAAUUAUAUAACACCCUAGACCUUAGUCAAAUAUAUAUCUUAUAUAACUGGGAUAUUUCACUGAGUAUUACAAUGUAUUAAUGUUCCUAGUUUAUCAAACUGUAUAGGUGUCACUUGCACAAGAUCCCAGAUAUUUACCUUUAACAACUAUUAGCAACUAUUAGCAGGACUAUUUUAUAUGGUAAGAAGCUCAAUCUGACAGAAACUAUACAAACAUAUUGAAAAUUAUUUUUCUUUAAUAAGAUUUAUUAGUUAAAAUGUAACAUGUGGAGGAUAGGAUCUGCAGAUGCUAAACCUAAAAGCAUACUUUGCAAAAACACUGUAGUCUUUACAGCUAUAAUAAAACAAAUAUAUUUAAAACACUUUAUUUUCUUUUAGUUGUUCGUGUUAAAACUGCAUUAAACAUAAUUAGGUAUGUCUGGAUUCAUUAUUAUAUCUCUUUAUAUGGUGAUGUGUGUUGGGAAAUCAGAAUCCACAAUGCAUUUGUCAGUUAUGUUUUAGAGCCGUUAUUGACAAUAAUGCUGAAAUUUCUGAUAAUAGAUGUAGUUCCAAGAAUUCUUUAAUCAGUUAGAGCUACUGAAGAUGCUGCAUUUGUACUAUGCUAUACUAGAAACAUGUGUCGUCGUCCCCCCCCCCCUCCCCCUCCCCCUUCUGCACAGCUAUCAGAUAAAAAUAACUUCCAGCUGUCUACUUUGCACCAUCUGAAAAGACUUCUGCAGUCCUAACUGCUGAUCGCCUGGCUGGUUGUAUUCUUACAGUGGUCAUGACAUUAUGACAUCACUAAUGCAUCGUAACUGCUUGUGCUCUUCGUGGGCGCUUUGUCUAAGAUAAGGUGCUGACUAUGAAUUAGUGGGUUGAAAUGGGUUAACGGUGAUAACAUUGUCUGAGCUAAAUUACAUUUUUCAUAAUUAUGCAGCUAAUUUGGAAGCAGGUGUUUUAGCCCGUGAAAAUAAUUGCAUGCUAAUGAAAAUAAAGAGGCCAUAUUGCCAUUGUGUACCUGAAUCAGCUUUGCUAUUAGUGAUUCUUCAUGACUCAUGUCCUGUUAAAGAUCCAACAACCCAGCUAAGGUACAUGAAUAUGAAGAGCUCUGUGUUUAUCUAGAUAGCUCCCUAUUCAUUUACACUGGGAGCAAACUGUUUAAACAAGCUGCUACUCAGCUUUCACCAGUAUUUUUACAAUAAUAAACGACAGUUACAAAAACAUGCUAUUCUAGAGUGCAGGGAUUUGAAAAAGCCUAAUUGAUUCAAUAACAUAACUGUAUUAUAUAAUAUAUACUGUAUUUUUCAUGUUAGUAAUAUAUACUACAC